UCUGCCCACAAUCCACCGUGAUUUCCGAUGUAUUGACUAAAUUUUUCGCGUCUCGGUGUGCGAAUAUGUGUUAAAAAUAUGCGAAAUGGAAACUCAAGUUGACCCAGAAGCCGAGGUGAAGAAACUUCAGAGUCUGGUAAAGAAACUGGAGAAGCAGAAUGAACUCCUUCGCAGCAGAGCCGGUGGAAUAGGCGGCGACAAAAUCCAGACGACACCCCAGAACUCACGAGUCCGGAACAAAAUGGCGAUAUCAUCGUCACAUUCCCUUGAUUUGACAAACCACAGUAAUGACAGAACCCCUAACAGUUUAGAAAACGGGACUACGGAUAAGGACCGUGCCAAUUACAGUCUUCUAGAUGAUAGUGUGCAGCUUUUGGACAGUGAAAUUAGUGAUAUGAUGAAUGAGGAAGAAGACAGCUGGUUAUAUGUCUCCCCUUUAAGAGUGCUCACACCCGAAGAGCGGUCUGUCAAUGUCUACGACUGGAUUCGGCAGGAUCUGGACCACCCCAGCGAUGAAAUGGAAUCAGCCAAGAGGUCGUUGCAAGCCAAACUGGAUGAACUGGCAAGAGCACAACGAAACAGCGUGGGAACCAAUUCCCUGGUCAUUAAACAGCCAGUGAUGGUUGAUGCAUCGGUCGGAGUAGGCCGACUAGAAUCCUCCCCAUCACCCUCGCCGACCUCUGUCCAUCCGGGGGCCAGCGCACCCACCCACUUCCCUUACCAGUCCUCGACCACGCCCAGGACCAAGGGAGAAGCGGAGAGACGGGAGAGGGAGAGGCGGAUCAGUGGUGACAGGAAAUCCAGCGAAGAGCUGGGCUACAGCAAGCUGGAGGAUGUCACCGACGUGCAGAUACUAGCCAAGAUGCAGGAAGAAAGUUUGCGACAAGCCAUGCAUCAAUCCCCCUCCAACUCCCCACGGAGGGCAACCACGGGCGUCUCGCCGGCCUCGUCCGAGAAUACCCUUCACAAGCCAGCUUCGAGGACCAACAGCCACGGCAGCAAUGCGGACAAGGACGAAGCCCACGAAGCCCAUGUGGAGGCCAGUACCAAAACAUCCACUGUGGUGCGGAGGAGGCCCUCGCUGGAGAGGAUGAAGAAAGGCGAAGGGGAUACUCGUAGAUAUAGUUACGGAGCAAAGAUGACGCCCAAUCAUACUUCAGACAAUGGGGACAGUAUCACUAUUGCGGAGUUGCAGAAACUCGCCCUGGAGAGGCAAGCAGUUCACAAAGGUAGCCUACCAAAUCUCAAUCGGACCUACACCAAGGAGACCAGCAGCCCCCCAAGUGCUGCUCCCCAACCGAUGCCCAGCACCACGACCACCCCUACCAGCACCACCCCGGCCACCAACCACUCGGACCCCACUGAGACAAGACUGAAGCACCCCACUAGCCCCUCGCCCACCCGCUCCCUGCCAAGCCCGGGCAAGGCCAGCGGCCUGAAGCAGCCCUCGCCCAGCAAGAUGCGCAAUGCCUCUCCCCAGCGCAGCGGUAUACCGGUCCGGUCCAGUGCCUCAGCUGAGCGGAGCGGCAUCCCCAGGCCUCGCUCGGCCGUUCUCUCACCACGGUCGCAGAUGCUUGUACCUGGAAAUCGGAGAGGAGACAGUCCAGCAGUGAGGGAUCCUAGAGAAUCUCAGCAGUCAGAAUGGUAACCCGUUGGCUGAUAGAUCGCCAGUGUGGGUAGCCAGGUGAUUCUUACAUGUCAGAUCUUGAUGUCUUUGUGCCGUGUCUGUGUAUUUUUUUACUUUUAUGUAAGCCUUGGACUAUCCCAGUUGGAAGAAAACGCAUUAAGGUUUUCAGUAAAAGGCAUAUACAUGUACAUGUAUGCUAAGGUUCUUCCCAAACAGCGUCAGUGAGCAUACUACUUUGUGUGUUGUGAGACAGCUUUCGACCCCCCAAAAUGCUAAAACUUGCUUUGAUGGGGCUCAAGCCACAUACCUUUGCUUUCUUGUCGGGUUAGCUGGCUGCUUUGAAUCUCAUAUACCAGCAGAUAUCGCAGUCCGUGAUAACACACAGCGGUUAAAAUACAUGUCAAGACGAGCUUGUGAUGCGGAUGUGUUUUGGCACUGAAUAUUGAGCACCAAGGAUCACAUUUACACAGAGAAUCAAAAAGAUCUUAGCUUACUUUAGCACUUUUAUAAACCAAAGAGAGAUCAACAAGAACGAACCUUCCUGACUGGGACAGCACAGAAUUCUUGAGUCACAGUCAAGUAGUGCACAUGUCUUUCCCACAGUCCUCAGACUCACAGCCUCACACAGACAGAAAGCAACAGAGCUGACCACUGAGUCUGUGAUGUUAAUAUACACUCACUGACACCCGCUGAGAUUUGGUGUCAGAAGCGCGCUGUGUCAGGGACCAUAGUUAACUGGAAGUGAUACCCUGGAUGAGCAGAUACUCAGCAACUAACAAGCUCCUUGAUACUAACAGAAACAAGUGCUUGCAGCCUGCAGUAAACUAACUUGUAACACAAUCGGAGGAUGCAAACUUGUUUGGUUCUUAAAUCUGGAAAAACACAGGAAAAAAGACAAUUUAGAUGACUACGUCGAAGUGUCAGGGAGCAAUCCUUUCAAAGAUAGACAUUGUAUUUAUCAAAUCUUGCUUUUACUCCUCCCUGUAUUUCACCAUUUACAGUGUGUAGAAACAUACCUGACAAAGUGGCUAGUUUUAACAUCUUCAGGAUACUGUUGUGAUUACAAUGUAGUUGCUUCAGGAAGUAGACGUUUUCAUCUGAAACAUUUGCAGAGACAUCGCAGAAAUAUAGACAGUAUUACAUAUAGUGAUAUUCUUUUUAUAAUAAAGAAGUUUGUUUUAUAGCUGUAACUAGCUUCAUGUACGCAAAUUAAUAGUGAUAUAAUAUUUGUUUGCAAUAGCGAAAACUACGCACGUAAAAUUAAAACGAAAGCAGGGUCAAUCAAAAUUUUGAAAUUAAAGCGACUGUCUUUCACUGAAGUAAUUUAUGUUUGAAAUCUACAGGUAACUUACUUAUGAAUGCACUCCACAAAAUGCCAGUUAGAAAUCUUUCUUUAAUUUCAAUUGAUUUUCAUCCAGCAUUGGGUAAAAAGCACACCACGGCCAUACCUGUGUUCGGUUGUGUUUGCUACCAAUAAAUACAACUUUUGUUUAAAGUUUCCCAGUUUUCAAUUGUGAGGAAAUACGCAGACUCAUUUGAGGAAGUCUACAUGACAUGACAACGUUGGCCAGUAGAGAGGUUAUGCGUAUGAAUGGAGUACAGUUCUCAUAGUAGAACCGUCAUCACUUUUGUGUGGUCUUAUGACGUGCAAAACUUGCCACCGGCAGAAGCUACACAAGUACAUGAAUAUACGAUGACACAUUCUGCUUGCCAUUCGUCUGUGUGAAACGCACAAUAAAUAUUCAAUUAUCAAACAUUUCUGUGUCAAUUUGCAGCCAUGUGUGAUGACACUGAAAAGCAAUCAAUUUCUGAUAUGGUACAAAAAUGUGUCACUUGUCUGCGUAUCAAGGCAGUGCACACGUAAGCUGGAGAAUAAACCCUUCAUCAGAGGCUUUCCUGUUGUAAAUAUACAUUUGUAAUGGUACCAAAUAUAAGGAAGUCAAACAACAAAUUGGCAGGCAAAAACAGUAAACACGUGUGUCGGUUCAUGAGUGUAACCUCUGCAGCUAGCUCCAAUGCGUACAGAGUAUAUGUAACUUCAUUGUAUCUACUAACGCUUAUGCCAUUAUUUUGUCACUUAUAUAUUGAUUGUCGUACAAUAACCAUCAUACUUCUCCCAAACUUUACGUUUACACAUUUAUCUAAUACCUCAAACUAACACCAAAACUUUUUUCUUUCCUUCGCUGCUGUCCUUGCCUAUCUGUCUCUGUAGCUCAUUAACAAUGCCAAGGAGAUCGACUAAGUCAAAGGAUGACGCCUGGAAAGAUGGCUGCUAUUGAAGACGUCUAGAUGAUUUCUUGCAGUUCUUUCUUCCUUUGGUGUCGACAACAAAGUGAUUCUUGAUCUAACCCAGCAAGAGCAAAAAUAAAGUUGGAUCAGCUUAUUUGUGAUGUAAUCUGUGAUUUUCCCCUGAUAGGGUGACAAAAAAUGGUACAUUGUAACGAAAAACGCCAGUUAAAAAAAAUCAGGUGUUUGUAUUGUUGGAGCCAUGUAAAAAUCUUUUUUUUUCUCAGCUCAUUUCUUUCACUGUGGAGAUUAGUGAAAGAUCUCAGUGUCAGCUUCUGUGCUGAAUAGCAGACAUAAACCUGAACAUGCUGAUCAUGUCAGAGGGUUUGAGCAGGUUCCAUCAUUUGUGGUUUUGGAGGGAUUAUGUUUACAGUGGUAGUCAAUUGAAACACCAGCCUCCCGCUGUAAACAUAACCCUACCAAAAUUUCCUGAAUGGGGGGGGGAAGUUUAAUAAAACUGUCGGGGGAAAGUUAAUCAACCUGUCGUCUAGAAUAGAGUUUUUAAGGAGGAGCUGCUAAGGAGCUGCUAAGCAGACAAACUAAAUGACUACCAAAAAUAUUUGCUUCACAGAACAGGUUCUCAACCUGAAUGUAUCGUCAUUCUACUCACUUUUAACUUGAUCUUCAGCUGAUUUUGCCUUGCAGAAGUUUCUGCCAGGCAGCUCCAGGAAUUUGGGCCCUGGUCUCUAACAUAAUGUUGCAGAAAUCUUCUUACCUACUUCACAUAGCAUAGUUAAGCCUACUGCAGCUUGCUAUAAAUAUACUGACCAUAAGGUGUCUUAACUACUGACUUUUUGAGUUGACUCCCUAUUUUAUUUUUUUUUUAUUUGAGAAUUCCUUCAUUUUGAGCUAGCCAUAGUUGCUUUAAUGCAAUAAAAAGUUCAAAUUAACAAUUUUUUUCCAAGCAUUUUCUUGCAGCAUGGGAGUUCCACAAAAAAAUUUCAAAUUGUAGUGAAAGGGUCGGGUCAAUUUAAAAAAUAGACAAAAAUAAUAUAGUGCCAACAUAAAUUUCCUUGCCAACCUUUCGGUAAUCGUAUUUAAGCUUUGAAGCAAGUAGGAAAUAAUAUUUGUUCUCAGAAGUUCCUUUCCUUUUGUGUAUUGCUGCUCAUUUUUAAAUAUCUUAAUCAGUACCAAAAAACAUUUCAACUUGCAGUUCAUUCUUUGGGUAUAAAAAAAGCAACUUAUUUGGUGUUUUUUUAAUUGAUAUUGAAAAAGCUAGUUCUGUUUGCAGUAACUUGUUCAAACAAGCUACAGUAUCAGGCUUUGCUUAUUGCCAUUGGAUACGUCUUAUCAGUCUUAAUCCUGCAAGAAUGACCAAGAUAAACUUUAACGUCAUAAUUGCUAAUGCUUAAAAACCACUAAACACUAACAUUUUGAUGCAAAGUGAAGAAAGGGUGUAUUUUGGUCAUAGAAGUUGGUUAUCUCUCUCAUUUCUAAGUACAGAAUAGUGGAGGUAAAUACCGUGCUGCUCAAAUGAUCUCUCUGUCUUUUAAUAUCAGUAAACAUAAAGUCCAUUCACAAUCCAUGUAGUAUUUUGUUAUUCCACUGACAGUCAAAUAUUCAAAAGACGAGGCUGACAAGUUCGCACGUUCCUAACGGCAUAAAACUUACAGCAGAAUUCAUUCUUCAAGGCUCUGUUAACGGUCACCACUAAGGUGAGAAGGUCUUGUUAAAUACUGUAUAAAUUAAAAGAGUGUAUAAAUGCCGUAUGGCUAAGUGUGUGAGACUGCAAAUAUGUAAAGACCACGGAAUAUGCUGUUCUCUUGAAGUGAGCCGUAGAAUGUAAUACUUGAAGUGUACAUGUUAGCUUACAGUGACACUCAGACUAGAAGUAGGAACUUGUUAAUACUAAGUGAACACCUGCAGAAUUUCUGUAUGCAUUAUCUGUUGAGCGAGUUCAGCAUGAUGGGCCACUGGAUAUAAAGCGUCAAAGUUGAAGUCUGUAUUUUGGAGACAGGCAGUUUCAACUGCUGGGAACAUUUUAACAGAUUUUCCACAAAACUGUGUAAUUUAAAUUGUACUUCAAGGGCAAGUGAACUUCUUUUUUUGCACUUAUGGGGUUUGUAAGAGAUGUUGCUACCAACUUUUCAUGGCUCCGAGCUACACGUUAUCUGUGAGAAAUGAUUCACUAGAGAUUUGUUACAGAACCUUUGAUACAGGAUUGUAGUUGAGUCUACCACUUAUCCGAGUCAGAGUGUCAGAGUCCUCACAAUAUGUUUCCAUGCCUCAAAAAUAGCAUGAAUAAUGAAUGGGCAUGCAUCAGGUACUCAUAAGUCAGGUAUUGGGUUUCAUUUAUGAUCAGUAAUUGGAGACAUGAACAAAAAGAGAACUGAUAUUCUCACUUGUUUACAGUGCAGUAAUAAUUUUUCUUAAUGUAGUAUCGUACCCCAAACAAUUUACCAAACACUUUUCAGGACAUCAAGACUACAUGAAAAGUACGAAGAGUAACAAUGUUAUCUAAAGAAACGAGUACAUUGUACAACGGAGCAGGUAUGUAUGUCAUGUUUGUCGUUCAACAGGAAAGACAUUGUCAGGUUGGAAAUGAUACAGAGCUACUGUUGCAGUUUUCCCUUUAUUUGCAUAUUUUAUGUUGAAAGGGUGCUGAGGAUGCAAAACAGUUAUUUUUUGGUGGACUCAAGGCCAGGUCCUUGAGUCUUUUUGCUCGAGUAUGAGUCGAGAAAAAAAAGGAGAAAACGAGUCUGAGUCCUUUGAAAUACAUGUAUGUACAUGUACUUUGGUCCUACAUGCGCAACACUACUUUGAUAUUAACUGUUGCAAAGUUGGACAUUUAGAUGUGUAUAUCACACCUGAUUACAUUUGAUGGUUAAGUGCUGUGGUGACAUGUACUUUAAGUCGGGUGCAUUUUGUACAACAGUAAUUCCUUUGGCAGACAUAUUGAUUGAAAUGGUAAUAAGGAAUUUAUGCAUACUAUGACUGUGAUUGUUGGACCUGCAUCAAUCCUUAACUUGCGGCACCAGGCAGGAUAAAAAGUGCUUAGUCGCAAAACGUUGAAAUGUAAAAGUAGAGUCUGCAUAUUAUUUGAGCGAGUGUUCAAAUUUGAAAUUGCCUUGGGAUUGGGUUAGCUACAGCACAGAUGAGAUUCAGUACAAGUGACCUUUUCCAAACUGAUUCAGGAGGUCUGUUGAGACAACACAGAUUGUUAACUUAUGCACACUGUUACUGCGAAAGCUCUUUAAAGGAAAAAUCAACAUAAUCACUCAGAAUUAAAAUAAAUUCUCUGGCACUCAUGCAGUCAGUAAGGAGCAGCUAUAUUCACCCUUAAAUAUUAAUCACCGAAUCCAGAAUUGCCUUGAUCAAAACCUUUCCAUAAUGCAGAUAAUGUUUUCUUAAUAUCUGAUUUGGUCAACUUUCUUCCUGACCACUAAAAGGAACCGGAUUGUUCUCGUAGGUGUUUAGUUUCAUCGUAAUGGUGACAAUCAUUUGGAAACUGUAGAAAGUGUACAAAAAGAACAUCUUUCUGUAAUCUUUUUUUGCUGAAAAAUGUCAGUUUCAAACAGGUGAAUUUUUCAGUCCAGCCAUCAGCAAGAGGUUACAACCUGUCAAUCUCAUUUUCCUUGUGAGAAGCUCACAGUCAGUGUUUCCAGCUAUGCAAAAAGCUUCAACUAUAUAGAUUCCAAGUUCACUAUUAAGUGAUCAUCUCUAGUUUGCCAAAUCCUUUAAAAAAUCACUGCUUUGGGUGUCUUAUUAGUCCACCACAAGUCUCUCCAAAAUAUUGAUGGAUUUAUAAUUUGGUUCCCCAUUAUGAAUUCAAGAAUUUGAUUAAGUAUGAAAGGGACGGAUUUGUUCUAGCAUUUUAAUGAUAGCGAGAAUAAAAUCAACUAGAUAAGCGAAAGCAUGUUGGUGUUUUAGUUUUAGUAGUUGUAAAUUUAUUUCUGCUGAACUCUAUUUAUCGUGCUUUUUCAUAUCAUGACAUUGUGUAUAAUUUAUUAUGUACAAAGAUGUACAGAGUGUAAUUUAUACUUUCUGUGAGUUGAACAAUGAGGAAAACUGUGAGUUUCCUUUUCACUUUAUUCUCAGAAUCAGAACAGUACCAGACUGUUUGCCCUUGUGGUUUAAGUUUGUUCCAUUUUUUUAAGCAGAUAUAAUUUGUGAUGUGAUUUUGGGGUUUGCUGUAAUAAAAGGGUUUUGUUAUUCUUACAGUGUCCUUUUCAUUUUUACAGAACUGAAUUUCUAUUUUUAUUUUGAAGAUUGUUUUUAAAAUUGCCGAGUUAGGAAAAUAGGCCCAUGCAGCAGUUUUUGUCAGAGAUUUUAUGCAAUGGAUCUUUUCAUCCAUAUUCAUUUCAAGAAUGUCAUUGUACGCAAUUCGAUAUUAUUGGAUUAUGGUUUGCUUUGGGUCAUGUGGCCCAUUUCAAGCUUUGUGGAAUUGGGUAGUUAUGGUCUUCCCUGCUCUUGGUUAUUUGAUCUGUUUCUGCUGUCCGAAUUUUUGUCUUUGAGGGAUGUGCUUUUCUUUUUUGUUUUGAUAAAACAAGCAUCCUUUAGCUUGGGAGAAAGUCUUGGCUUUUUUUCACAGACGAAAGUGUAUUUGUUCCAAAAAAAUGUACCAUAACGUAUUAAAGUAACAUACAGGUCAGUAAUUUUGUAAUGGCUAUAUGUCGCGAGUAUUUACGUAAGGAUACAACUGGCUAAAAAUGACUUGUGAUUGUUUGUUGCUGUGGAACAUUUUGAAAACUAGGGUUUUUAUGAAUAUUGACGAUUAAUAUGACCAAAGGAGUAAAUUUGUUUGGGCGAGUAUGGAGAAAGUAGUUGAAAGCGGGUCUGAAUGGGGGAUAUGUACCCAUGGAUGAAUGGUUAUUAUUAUGAUUGGAGCAAAAACAGGAACAUAUGGUGAAAACAGUACAUUCAUAUCCAGUAGACUUGCACAUUAAUGACUCACAACAUGAUAUGAUCAGUGGUAAACAAUAUUGUUCAGUUGAGCUUAAUCAGUCAGCUUAGUUACAGUCGAUACAGACACAUCAUGCACCAUUUUUCCUCAAUAAUGGGGUAUUCUUGAAUUGUUGGAGAAAUUAUUUUGCCUAAUUUUGUUUGGAAUUCUGGCAUUGAGGCCUUUGAAAUUUAAAUGCCUGAUUUAGCUUCUUUUCACCCAAAAUGAUAUUUCAUCGGACUAUUUUGUAAUCUACUUUAAAAUUUAAAUUCUUUUAAUGAAAAAAAUGUCUUCAGUGUGGAAGCGUAUAGUCGCAAAAAUGAAUCAUGCAAAAUAGAUGUGUACAAUAAUUGAAUAUGGGUACAUCUUUUUUGUUCUGCAUGUUUUGUUCGAAGUUAAUAUUGAAAUAAAAUCAAGUGAAAGACAGCAACGUU